ACGAGAUCAAGCCCACGAGAGAGAGAGAGAGAGAGAGAUAGAGGCGUGCUGGUGUGCAUCACCGACUCCACUGCCUCAACGAGCCCUACCGUUCUGAGGCCGUUCACCGGGACAAGGUCCAGUUCGCCGUCUCCAAUCCGGUCGCGGCAAUCCCGAGAAGCUUCAAACAUGGAAGACUUGUCUUGCUGAUCAAAGGAUACACUGCAACUUCAGUUUCCCAUCUGAUUCCAUCACAUCUCCCAUCAGCAGCACAGCCCUCCUUAUCCUCCACUCAAGUGGCAUUUGGUGGGUUGGGAGGAACAGGAAUGCAUACUCCGCAUGGUUACGCAAUCAAAAAGCAUUCAUCUUUUUUGAAAGAGAGCUUUGCCACUGUUUACUUGAACUGCUUAUGAUGCAUGGCUUGAUGGUGCUUUGAGAUGGCCAGAAACUACGUGGAGCAGGGUACCACGGAUCCUGGGCUCUUCUUUCAGGCGGAGGACCUGAUCCCGACGCUGUGAAUGUAAGUGCAUCGUGGUGAGCUUACCGAUAUACCUCUCUAAUUAUCUGUUGAUUUCUUCCAUAUAUUUCAUACUUAUAUAUUUGGUAUGCAUGAUAUGCUUCUUCAUCAUCAAGAAAGUUCAGAUCAUUUACUAAUCUACUACAUAAUCAUGUAAUUCUGAUUAUUGAAAAUUUUCUACCUGGUGUUUCCAUCUCCACGAGAGAUGCUUAGAGGUCUAUUAAGGAAAUAAAACUAAACCUAGUCAAGCUUAUUUUUGACACAAGUUAACUGUAGACAUGCUCCCUUUCAAGUCCUCGUCCUUACAAAUUAGGUCUGUACGUAGAAACUAUUUCAUGUCUUUCUUUUCCUUUUUCAUGACAAUAUUACAGGGUUAAGGUUACGCAUGAAUAUGCUAAAUGAAUAUGACUGGAAUUGGUAAUCAAUAUUAUUUUGGAACUACCCAUCCGUUUGUCGCCGAACCAUUGGAACACCAAAAAAGAAACCAUGGGCUUGCUCUUGGCCAAACUUGGAGUUAGGGAGUCCAUCUGUUUGUAUCGUCUUAUGCACGGCCAAUACAUGAUGCGUUUCUGGAAAGAUGCAUCAAACUUUAGUGCCACUGAGUAAAAUUACUUGUAUAUCCCUCUAAAGCAAAUGAUUUGUAUACUUAUCCCUCUCUCUAUAUAUAUAUUCUUUAAAGCCUAAAAACUUGCAUAUACACAUACAUAUAUAUCAUUGUGAUUGGUCUGUUUUAAGUUUAUCAUUUGGUUGAAAUUUUAUUUUACAUUUAAGACUCAUUAUGAUAUUGAAAAUAUUAGGGUAUUAUAUAUAUUGAAAAUAUAUAUGUAACGUACAUAGAGGAUAUAUAUGCAUGUGGUAUAUUAAAAUUUAUCAUGACAUGUAUAAUAUUAGUUUGAGUUAAAGAAACAUGUACAAAACGAGACCUAAAUGGAAGGAUAUUAUACGAAGCCCCUAUUGGAAAUAGGCGAUCAUACAUUUCCCAAUGCAUCCCUUUCAGAUCAAAGCACACCAAACAGAAAUUGACAGAGGUGAGGCCACCACCUUCUUGUCUACUAGUGCGGUGAAUGAGAUGUAUCAGGAUGCCUAAUAUGAACAGAGGUGGGGCCUCUAUUGAUAAAGCACACAAUUAAUAGCACCCAAAUUGAUGUUUAGGCAUCUAAAAGCAUCGGUGCCUUCAAAGCGAGGUUCGUGAAUAGGGAGUGUUUAUCCUUUAAUUGUAUCAUUGAGCUGUAGUGCAGUAAGGUUGAAUGAACUAUGAUUCAGUGUUGAAAGGGGUGAUAGCUGAUUGAGUACUCAUCUGAAUUUAAAUUUAAAUUUGACUAACUAAUUCUUAUCUUCAAUCCAAACCUGACUCGUUCAAAACUCACGUAAAUUAAGUGUUGCAUGGAACUCUUUUUUUUUUUUUUUGGCUAUGAAAUUAGACGGCAAAAUUCACCAACAUAUUAGGUUUACAUGAAGUAUGCUCAAGUAGAUAAAAAAAAUGGGUGUCCAUAUUAAGAGUACGUACGGGCAGUACAGCCAACGUUUUCGGAGUAAAUAUAAUUCUCGAAUAUUUUAAUCAUAUUAGUUUAAAAUAAUUUCACUCAUGACAUCCCCGAACUAUAGAUAUCCGCUUUCCUUCAGAUACACCUCCCCACUAAAGUAAAGUGCAGGCCAUUAUUCUCGCUCUCUCUCUCUCUCUCUCUCUCUUAAUGAGGUCCGGAGGCGAGUUUAACACAAGCGGUGGCGCCACCGCCGCCAAGUCGCCGUCCCCCGCCUCGUCGGGCCCGCCGCACUCGUCGUGGCAGUCGCCUGUUCCCUACCUCUUCUGCGCGCUGGCGGUGAUGCUGGGUCUCAUCGGCUUCGCCUUCCUCAUCCUCGCCUGCUCCUACUGGAAGCUCGCCAGCUACCUCGAAUCUGGCAACGACCGCGGCGGCCGUGACCGCGAAGUGGACGGUCCAGCAAGCGGUGGCGACGCUGCCAAGCCCCCGCCGCUCUGCGAGGAGAGCGUCGUCGUCAUCAUGGCCGGCGACUGCAAGCCCACCUUCCUCGCGACCCCGGUCGCCAGCCGCGCCGCUACCUCCUCGGACGAAGGCGACGACACCCGCGAAGCCGCGACGGAAUGGAAGAACAAAGACAGCACCCAACGCCAAGGCGUCGGAAAUAGUAGCGAGGAGCAAGCCGUCAACCAACAGUAAAAGUCUUCUUUUUGUUCCUUAGAUUGAUCUGUAAGUAACUUUGGUUCUUCAGAUUCAGAGAUUUUGAGCUGCAAAUGCAAAUUCUUGAGCUGAA